UUAUAUAGGUUUUCGGUUUACAGAGAUUCGUAUAUUAGAAAGUAAAUUAUGAGAGUUUCUUUAGGACGGUUUAAUUGGCGGUGACUUUGUUUGCAUUAUAGAAAGAUUCGGAUAAUAGAUAUUCAGAUUAGAGAGAGUCAAUUGCAUAUAGACGGGUUUAAAUACCAUUAAGAAAAACAAAACCUAUAUAAGGAUGUGCAUCAAAGUAAAUUUAAUUAAAUAAAUAUAAUGGAGAGCUCAUUACGUCCUUGUAAAUAGGUGGCUUAUCCCAUUGAAUCACACAACUGUCAUUUAUUUUGAGUAUGUAGUUGUGUGCUUCUUUAACAAAAAUGGAGAACUCAUCAAAAUUAGCGACUCCAUCAUAUGGUCUCAUACGGAAGUGUCUUCUUGCUUGGCAACAAGUCAGCGAUUACAUGAGAAAACUUUGCACAAAACACCAUAGUCGUGAUGAAAGAAGCUGUACGUUACUUUAGAGACUUUUUUACCGCUGUUGCGAUUUCUGUGAUUAUUCUAUCACCAUAUUGGUUGUACAAACGGUCACAAGUUUCCAUUGAGUUAGUAAUCAAGUCUGAAAAUGUCUUUCUACAAAAGAACAAUGAUCCACCAUCUUUAAAAACAGCAGAAGGCACCACACGUAAGCCAAGUCCGGUGAACCUUUGUUCAAAUGAUAUGAAGGACGAACCAGGCUCGUGGAUUCUGUCUUAUUCUUUGAACGCUCGAAGAACAAAGAAUGCAACCAAACGAAUUUCUGUCCUUGCAACUGAAGCUGCUAAUUCAGCUACCUACCAUGACUGGAUGCUGCGUGUGUACCAUGAUGGAAGUUUACCAAACAAAACGCAGCAUGUUUUGACAAAGAUACACAAAAAUUUACGUUUUUGUGAUGUUAGGAAGAUCUUGUUACUUGGCAAUAUAUCACAUUUGAAACGCAAUUUUUGGAGAUUGUUACCAAUAGGCGAUAGUACUGUUGACGUGACAUGCGUGCGAGAUGUUGACAGUCCUUUACUAAAUCGUGAAUUCGACGCUGUAGAGCAAUGGCUGGAAAGCGAAAAGUUAUUUCACUGUAUGCGAGAUUCUCCGCAAGAGUCGAAGAGGAUAACGAGUCACGGAUUUUGCUUUCGUAAUUACAAAAAUAACACUGUCACGGAAAUAGUCUUUCAAGAAUUAAUAUCGAAUCACGAGAAAAUUGAUGAAGAUUUACUUGACGAGCAUGUUUGGCCUUUGGUAAAAACAGACGCAAUACAGCACGACUCCUAUCAAUGCACGAAAUUUCCACAAUCUCAUGCUUUUCCCAGCAGGAGGCUGACAAGAACAAGCGGGUUUGUUGGAUGUAAACGACCAUGUUCCAACAGCGUUCCGCCAUGCCCUAAAGAAUGCAGACCAAAAAAACAUCAAGACUGGUCCUAUUGCUAGUUUAUUCUUCCACUAUACCAACAACUCUAUAUCAGGCUGCAUUUUGUUAUUUAUAAAUCACUUAAUUAUUUGUAAAUUUCACAUUAGGUAAGUUUUUUGUCUAUGUUAAGGAAACUGAUUAGGAGUGAGUUUAUUUUAAAGAAUACUGUAAGCACUAUUAACCCUCGUUAGGCCGUCCCUUCCUUUGCCAGAUUUUAAUUUUUUAUUAUUCUUUUUUUGCUAUGUUGUAUGAUACUUAGUUUUCAUAUUCACUUGUUAGAAACAACUCGAGCUCAGCCAGAUGUUUACAUUCACCGGUAUGCAUAUGGUUUGUAAAAAAUACACAGCGAUUAUUCUCAGGACCAGUGCAUGUUCCACAGGUCCUUGAGCAUUGUUGGCGAUAGUAAGGAUCUUGACAAUCUAGGCUAACGUUGCUAAGGAAGGUACAUGUGUUGUUAAGAUCAGCGCAUACUGAAAGGAAAAGAGAUAUGAAUUUAUAUUGUCAUUAUUUUGUGUAACCUUGACUCUGACUUCAGUAAAAUUCUUUUAGAGAAAGUAAAUGCA